AUACGAUCAAAAUAUUUUUAAAUAGACCAGGGAUCCGGGCGGAGCGUUGUACCCACUCACUAGGUGCAAUCAACGUGCAUCAGGGAUGGUGUUUAAUUAAACAGUGAGAAGAUUGAUAUGUGCGAUAUGAAUCCUAACCCGGGAACACACACUAAACCGGUUCGUUUCAUCGGGUGGGAAUCGAUCCGCGGGUGUGAGAAAUAAAAGAAACGAAUUCAAUUAAGUUCGGAAGUGCUUGGAACACGCGGCUUCCCCGUUGAGGUAUUGAAGGAUCAAAUAAACGUACACGCGUAUCGCGGUGUAUAAUCCUGAAGCAAUAAUUAAAAGUAAAAUAGUGAAAAUCCCAGAACAGUCAAGCCUUCACCGCGGAAAGGGUUGUAAAUUAAAUCCAACCGUUAAUUACAGUUAGCGUCCUUAAUUCGUGCAAGUACAAAUGAAACGCGUUUGAAACCUCGGACAUUCAAACGAACCGACACCAUCGAACAGACGACGUGUGAAUUACAGUAAAGUUCUCAUCAAGGCUCCGAUCGACACCCAAAGGUCACCGUCUUGAUUCACGAGGGUGAAAAACCCGCCCACGGACAAAACUGUGCCGAAUAUCGCGUCGUCAGAAGCAUGAACGGUUCUCCAGCUUGCCGUUUUAGUGUCAUGUUCGACGGAAGCGGUGAGCAAGAGAGUGUCGUGCGGUAGAGCGGAAGAUGAGACGCAGAAACAACGGGUGCUGCUGCCUCCAGGUGAAGAGGUCGGCACGCUCCCCUUGCGGCGACCCCGAGAGCGCCGAGCCACCCGGAUGGUGCGUCUACGCCGCGGUCGCCCUGGUAGCGACAGGGUGUUACCUGAACGCACUUGGCGGCGACUUCGUGCACGACGACAUACCGGCGAUCGUGAGGAACAAGGAUGUCCUGGCCUCGAGCUCGGCUGCCAACAUCCUGAGGGACGACUUCUGGGGCACCCCGAUGCAGGACCCGAACAGCCACAAGAGCUACCGACCUCUGACCACUCUGACCUUCCGAUUGAACUACCUCACCGCUGGUCUGACGCCGAUGUGGUUUCACGUCACGAAUGUCGCUCUACACGCGGCUGCCUGCGUCCUCGUCACAAAAGUUAGCCUCGCCGUCGCCUCGCUUCGACCCGGAUUCGCAGCUUUGACCGGCCUCCUUUUCGCAGCCCACCCGAUCCACACGGAAGCGGUUACCGGGAUUGUCGGGAGAGCGGAUGUGCUUGCCUGUAUUUUCUUUCUGCUGUCUUUCCUGGCCUAUCACGGUCAACAAACGGCCCACGUCUGGAGCAGCGUGGGACUCGGUGCUUUGUCGAUGCUGGCGAAGGAGACUGGAGUCACGGUGCUCUUCCUCAAUCUCCUCUACGACCUCUGUCGGUCCUGGCACUCGAUAAAAAGGUCGCUCCUUGAGGCGCGGUGGAACGACGAAUCGAGAAAUUUCUCACGACGAGCCGCGGCUCUCCUCGUAUCGUUCGGAGUUCUCCUGGUGGUGAGACUCGCCCUCCUCCACGGUUCCCUGCCAAAGUUCUCACCCCCGGACAACCCGGCGGCCUUUCAUCCGUGCCUACACGUCAGGUUGCUGACUUUCUGCUACCUGGCUGCACUGAAUUUCUGGCUGUUGGUAUGCCCCGCGACGCUGUCACACGACUGGCAAAUGGGUUCGGUACCCCUUGUGGCGUCGGUUGCAGACGCGAGGAAUUUGGCUACCUGUCUUUUCUUCGGCGGCUGCGUGGUGCUCACUUACAAAGCAUUCACGGACUUUGAGCAACAGAGGCAUCCACCUUUGAUCCUCGGCUGGAUGUUCCUGGUGCUGCCUUUUCUACCAGCCUCGAACCUGUUCGUCACCGUUGGCUUCGUCAUGGCUGAAAGAAUCCUCUACAUACCCAGCGUCGGCUCGAUCCUGCUGACGGUGUACGGAGCUCAGGUGACGUGGACGGCGGUUCCGCGGAGACGAAGUCUCAUCACCGCGGGAGUGGUGCUACUUUUAGCAUCGGGCUGCUGUCGGACGGUGCUCCGGAACCGUGACUGGACGUCGAGGGAGACGUUGCUCAGGUCUGGCCUACGGACCCUGCCACACAACGCCAAGAUGCAUUACAAUUUCGCCAACUUUCUCAGGGACUCUUCGCAGCCCGAACGAGCCAUCAUCCACUAUCACUUGGCGCUCUGGCUGUGGCCGACUUACGCGAGUGCUCACAACAACCUGGGGACUCUGACGGUCGGCGAAGAGGCGGAGCGGCAUUUUCUAUCAGCCAUUAACGCCCAGCCGGGUCACGUCAACGCUCAUUACAAUCUUGGCCAGCUCUACAGGAAAACUAACCGGACUGACGAGUGCAUAAGGAUGCUGCAGAGGUGCGUGUCCUUGGACCCAGCUUACACCCCCGCCUACCUAGUCCUGGCGCGAUUGGCGACCGGGCAAACGGCGGGGGCGCUUCUUCGGCACGUCGUUCGUCUCCAGCCCCGAAGCCCUGAUCACCUAGCCGAGUACGCGGCGUGGUUGAACAGCAACGGGAAAUGGCUUGCCGCUCUGAGGUACUUUCUGAAGGGGAUGGAGGUCUCGAACUGUCACAGAGCCUCCCUUCUCGGCACGGCGAGGAUCCUUCGUGCCAGGGGACAGUGGCCUCGGGUUCACCAGCUCGUCACGAGGUGGCACUUGAUGCUACGAGCGAGACGAGGGGGUCUGAUUUAUCGAGGGGACCUCUACAUCCGGGCAUGGCAGCUGCAGAGUGAGUCUCGUCAUCGAUCCCAUCAGCAUCAGCACAAUCUCUGCCUGACGGAAACGGGAUGCACGACCCCGAGGGUCGCGAGCGUUUCGGUCCAGCUGGAGCAGGACAGCAACAAAUCCGAGCAGCUCCAGAGACCGCCGCGUUGCGGAGUGCGUCCAGAUCGGCAGUCGAGGAAGACGAAGGCUCGAGUCACGGCGCCGGCGCUCCUCGUCCAGAACCUCCUGGAGACGCUUUAGUACGCUCUGAUCCAGCUUUCGACGAGCUUCGAAAUUGUUUCGGGUACCAAGUAGAGGCCUGAAGACUUGCAAAGACGAAACUAAACGAAC